AUGGGUGAUAUCGACCACACAAGACGAAACAAGAAGCCUCGGCCGCUUCAAGAUACCGAAAGGGCUCGCCUUGAGGAAUUCAUUGAUUCCAUCGGCUACUCCGCAAGAUAUUCGGAUUCCGAAUAUGAGUACCGACAUGUUCAACUACCAAAGGCCAUGUUGAAGGUCAUUCCCCGUGAUUAUUUCGACGAUCAGAAAGGUACCCUCAAACUUUUAUGGGAAGAGGAAUGGAGAGCUCUCGGAAUUACACAGAGUCUUGGGUGGGAACACUACGAGGUACAUGAGCCAGAGCCUCACAUUCUUCUCUUCAAACGUCCGAUCGGCUAUCAACCCCCGGCACAAUAA